UGUCAUGCGAUAUUUCUAUCUAAUCAAUAAUAUUGUCGAAAGUAUUUGUUACGAAAAUAAAAAUACGUGUCUAAUAAUCUAAAAGACAGACAUUAAAAUAAAAAUUAGUGAUCGUGAUAGUGAUAUUUUCAUAGAAAUAAGAGGGAAGAAAAACAAAAUUGAUAAAGUAAUCAAAAAGUAGACUGAUAUGAUUCGAGCAUGGAGCGGAUACUUGACGUUCAUUCUUGUCUUCGUACAAAUUGGAAGCGAUUGGCUGAGCUGCAACGACAUGACAGAGUGCACAUGCAAGUGGGCUUCAGGGAAGAAAACAGCAUCCUGUGUUUCAGCAGGCUUGAAACAACUCCCAAACUUAGCUUCAGACAUUCAAGUACUAAAUCUACAUGGAAACCCACUAAUGACAUUAGAAGAAGACGCUUUUACAAACAUAGGACUGUUUAAUCUUCAACGAUUGAACCUCAGCUCAACAAGUUUACAGUCUUUACAUGCAAAUGCAUUCCAGGAUCUGCGAAUAUUGAUAGAAUUAGAUCUAUCUCAGAACCAACUUCUCCAACUAUCACCUAACACAUUCAAAGGCGCUGUGCGCUUACGAGUACUGAUCCUUAACGGUAACCCUUUGAGCGUUCUAGUCGCAGAGCAAUUCCCUCCGUUGAAAAGUCUAAGGAAAUUAGAAAUAACACGAUGUAAACUUCGUUCUGUGCAUCCAUUUGCAUUUGUCAAUCUUCAAUCACUAGAAACCGUCAAUAUACACCAAAACUUACUAACAUACCUUCAUCAAGAUACUUUCAAUCUACCGUUACUAAAAACUCUUACACUAUCCGAUAAUCCUUGGUAUUGUGAUUGUCGGUUAAGGGAAUUCCAUGAUUGGUUUCUCAAUAGUAACCUAGGAAACGAAGAAGUCAUGUGUGGUGGCCCAGAAAAACUAGAGGAAAUGUCAUGGAGAUUUCUAAAAAGAGAUGACUUUGUAUGCCCGCCUUAUGCAACAUCUUCACCAACAGUUAUUAGGACGGAGACAGGAGCUGAAAUAUCAUUCGGUUGCUUUGUUAGAGGUGACCCUACACCUACCGUGACCUGGUCAUUUCAUCAUAUAGAGAUAAACAACAGUACGGACAAACAAAGUGAUAUUAUAAUCAAUAAGUAUCAAUUAGAUAAUUUUGAUGAGUAUAACGACGAUUUCUUGAAUAAGAGUGCACAGUGGGUUAACUUGACUAUUACGAAUGUGACUAGUGACUUAUCAGGAGAGUGGAAAUGUAGUGCUAAAAGUCCUGUAGGAGAAGCAAAUGCUUAUUUAACACUUUUUCUGCCCAAAGCCAGGACAGCAACAGCGAGAGUUGCGCCUGAUUAUUCUGCCUUUUUUUUAAUAGGUGGAUCAUUGCUCGCUAUGACAACCGCCGGCUUUAUAACAACGUGUAUCUGUUGGAAAACUAAACGGCGGAGAGUGCCACCUAGUAGAAGCUUUACAGACCAAGAAAAAAAAUUAUUAGACACAUCUCUAGCAGUGAGCUGUGACAGAACUAGUGGAGACCUGGGAUCUUCAUAUGGUUUUGAAAUGCUGGAUAGAUCCAUUUCUAUGGAGUCUGAUGAUGCACGGUGUUUGGAACCAGUGCAGAUUACAAUAGAAGGCCCACCUGGAUCGUUUCCCCCGCCUCCCGCAGAAUUUGCUUUGUCUGCCCCAUAUGGUAAUAUAUUCAUUUCUGUCCAAGUAUCUGGCCACAAUGAUGAGUAUCCUGAUCUCUUAGGAGGAGGUGCCACUUUACCUAGGAGAAGUAGAACAUGUUUCUUAAAAUCUGCUUAUGACAAUAUGGGUCCGCGAAUCACAGCUGCUGGUAGUUCGACCUGGUCUCUUCCAGGUGCUAAUGGUGAUAAAAAUAUUGAUAAAGAUCCAAUUAGUGGUCCAUUGUCAACCUUUUCUACUGAAUUUACAGCUUUGUAAGUUUUGAGUGAUUUUAUCAUACCUGUUACAUGUCAUAUGACAUCUGAUGAUAGGUAACAAAUUAAUUUCGCCAUUCCUAACAUUAUUUUCAACGAUUGUAAUACCCAUUUAUUACGGAUCUCAGAAAGACUAAAGUUUGACCAAAACCAACAACAGCAUUAAACUUCAAACUUUCCAGAAUAAAUUGAUAUAGACAGUUAAUAAUUAAGUUACUUUAUUGACUUUUAGAUAUUUAUUAACCAUUUUUAUUGUCACAGUUUUGUUAUAAAAACACAAACACAAUUUUGUAUUAAGUUUUUCAACUCACAAUCUUUAUAGUAACCAUUUGCCCUGUAUUUUCUAUUAGCAUAAGACAAAAUUCUUAAAAGAGACCUAAGUUUUGGCCUAGACUCAAUUUUUAGCAUUUAAAAAGAAGAUAAUGUCUAACAUAUCAAUUUUAUAGCUGUAAAUAUGAAUAAGUUUGACAAUUUUAUUCCAAUAUUUGCAUUGAAAUCAUGUACAUAUAUAGUAUACGAUACAGUAUUUAUUACAAAGUUUAAAAUAAAUGUAGAUGAUAAAAAUUUAUACUGACUGCAUUUUAUGACCAAUGUUGUCGUUUAUAAACCAAUGAUGGGCAUUUGUAACUACGGACUUAAACUGUUAAUUGGUUCAUGUCUGGAGCCAAUGAUGAUUUUUCAUCCCACCACUAUUUUGCGCAUACCCUGUAAAAAAAUUAGAAUGAUUUUAAUUAUUAUGUCUAUUGCAAUCCUUGUACAAUCUAUCAGAUAUGGUGAUGAAUAGUGAUGGGAUUUUUUUGCGAAUUAUAAAAUUAUUUAGUUUACAGCUUUUAUGCAUUGUGACUUUAUAAUCAUUAUUUUUAUCAUAAGUUUUGUGAGACAUACAAGAUUGGUUAUUAUGUUAUCGGCUUACUCAUGUAACUGUUUGACGAGGAACUCGACUAGUUUCAAGCUAUACUAGAGGCUCAUAUUCAUGAGCAGUAUUCCGCGACACACGACGCGACGAUUGUCACGCCGCUACU